GGUCCCCGUGGCCAUGACACCAGGCCCCGCCCGGGCCUCCUCCGUCGCCAUGGCAACACCAGGCCGGGCAGGCGACGCCAUCUUAAGACCGGGCACAGCGGCCUCGUCUCCUCCCCCUUUCCAGCCCCCUCGCUUCCGGUCACCUGCCAAUCAUUCGGGCGGCGCGCCAGCGACUUCCGGCGAGGUGGCCAAUCGUGGCGGCGGCUGCGGGGAGCCACGUGACGCGGAAGCGGAAGUAGGAGACGUGGAGAUGGAGCCGGACGGGGCGACACGGCACCCCCCCAAACGCCGGUUACCGGCCACGGCGCCUCGUAUGGCGGAUCCACACCCUCUCUUCGGUGAUACCAGCGCGGCGGGGGGCGGCGGGGCCCAACCGGGCCGGGGUUACGGGGCUCCCCCGGCCGCCGCCGCCGCCUCCUCCCCGUACCCACCGGCCGCGGCCUUCCUGGGCGAGCCGGUGUCCAGCCUGGCCAUGGCCUACGGGAGCAGCUUGGCCAGCCAGGGCCGCGACAUCAUGGACCGUAACCUCGACCGGUUCAUCCCCGUGGGGCGGCUGAAGUAUUAUUUCGCCGUGGACACCGCGUACGUGGGGAGGAAACUGGGGCUUCUCAUCUUUCCCUUCGCGCAUCAGGACUGGCAGGUGCGGUACCAGCAGGACACCCCCGUCGCCCCCCGCUUCGACGUCAACGCCCCCGAUCUCUACAUCCCAACGAUGGCCUUCAUCACCUACAUCCUCGUCGCCUGCUUGGUGCUGGGCACCCAAAACAGGUUCUCCCCCGACAGCCUGGGCUUGCAGGCGAGCUCGGCGCUGGCCUGGCUCAUCGUGGAGGUUCUGGCCAUCCUCCUCAGCCUCUACCUCCUCGCCGUCAACACCGACCUCACCACCAUCGACCUCAUCGCCUUCGGCGGCUACAAAUAUGUGGGGAUGAAUCUGGGCCUCAUCGCCGGGCUCGUUUUCGGCCGCAGCGCUUACUACGUGGUGCUGAGCUGGUGCUGCCUCAGCAUUUUCGUGUUUAUGGGGUGCAGAGUCCAUUGGGGCGCUGGUCCCCGAGAGGCCACCGUCGGUCCCCGAGAGGCCCCCCCGCCCCUGAGAGCAGAGAGCCCGGAGCCCCGCGCCGGGGCGGGGUGUUGCGGGUAUUUGGGGUGUUGCGGGGGGGGCGGGGGGCGUGUGUGUCACCCCCGGGGGACCCCCCCCUCCCCAACCCCCCCCCGUUUGUGCCCCACAGACGCGGACGAGUGCUCCAACGGGACGCUGUGCGGGGCUCACGCCGCCUGCCGCAACCUGCCGGGCUCCUUCCAGUGCGUCUGCGACCCCGGCUACGAGAGCGCCCGCCACGGCCACGGCUGCGUGGAUGUGGACGAGUGCGAGACGCUGCGGGGCGUCUGCGGGGCCGAACGGUGCGAGAACGUGGAAGGCUCCUUCCUCUGCCUCUGCCCCGACACCCGCGACGAGUUCGACCCCGUGCCGGGGCGAUGCGUGACCCCCCCGGCCCCCCAAAGCCCGCCGCGGGCCCCCCCCGAAGGCGCCGCCUGCUUCAGCAGGGCUUGCGGGGUGCUGGCACCCAACGUCAGCCGGGAGCGCUGCUGCUGCAGCCUGGGCUGGGCGUGGGGCACCCACUGCCCCGCGCGGCCCUGCCCGACCCCCGGCACCGAGGCCCACCUCGCCAUCUGCCCGCACGGGCAGGGCCGCACCGCCGAGGGUCCCCAGGGCUCGCCGGCAGACGUGGACGAGUGCCAGCUCUUCGGGCCCCAGCUCUGCCGGGGGGGGGUUUGCCUCAACGCCGCCCCCGGCUUCAGCUGCUACUGCCCCAGCGGCUACUACUACGAGCAGGAGCACCUGCAGUGCGUGGAUGCUGCGCAGGCGGUGUGUUGGCAGGAGGUGGGGGUCGACCUGGUGUGCGGCAGACCCCGGCUGGACAGGCAGGUCACCUACACCGAGUGCUGCUGCCUGUACGGGCAGGCCUGGGGCAUGGACUGCGCCCUCUGCCCCGCCCGCCACUCAGCCCCUCAAUGA